AUGAGUCAAUUACCAGACUUCAAGUACCACCCAAUGUGCAAGAAACUGAAACUUACACACCUUAUAUUUGCUGAUGAUCUGAUGAUUUUUUGCAAAGGAAAUGUGGACUCAGUGAAUAGAGUGAUGGAAGCAUUAGCUCACUUCAAUGCUGCUACUGGUUUGGAGGCCAAUUUGGAGAAAUCUAAUGUGUACCUAGCUGGGGUAGAUGAGAGGGCCAAAAUGCAAAUCCUAGCCAGAACUGGAUUCUCAGAGGGGAGAUUGCAAGUGAUUAAUGCAGUACUGUUCUCAAUUCAUAGUUUUUGGGGAGCAGUAUUCAUCCUUCCUCAGAGUAUUCUCAAGAAAGUGGAUCAGAUAUGUAGAGAUUUCAUAUGGGGAAGCAGUGCUGAUAAGAAGAAGAGGAAAAUUAAUGCACUCAAAGAGCACAUGCAGGGCUGGUACAAUCACAGAAGAUAUAUGCUAACUCAAACUGGUAAGUAUUCUAUUACCAAGAGCUAUCAAGCACUCAUGGAUACUAAGCCUAGAUGGAAUAUUGCUGAACUAGUCUGGACAUCAAUGGCUAUACCAAAGCAUAGAUUCAUAACAUGGUUAGUAGUUCAAGGAAGAUUACUCACACAGGAAAGAAAGUUGAGACUGCAGAUUCAUGUGGAGGAUACUGCAUGUUGUUUAUGUGAGGAAAAAGUAAUGGAGACUAAUGUUCAUCUCUUUGAAGAUUGCAAAUGGACAUCAACUGUGUGGCAAGCUAUGCACCAAUGGACAGAAGUACCAGUGCAUAAUAUUGGUAUUGUACAGGUCCUGGAAAACAUAAAAGGGAAUCGUUGA